AUGUCCAGUCAUAUGAAUAACAGUAAUCACUCGGACUCUCAAGACAUGGACUCGUCUUCGGGUGAGUCCAGCGAUGAGGAGAUAACGGGAACCGACAGCCAGUCAUGCGAUAAGUCGAUGUCCUCUUUGGACCUCCAGUUCACCGCCGAAGACAACAGAGCCCUCGCGGAAAUCAACCGAAAUAAGUUGAGUUCAGCGCCCCUUCACCUCAAUUACCCCCUCCGGAGGAAUCUGAGGCCUGAGCAGAGGGCGGAGGCGCUCAGCGAUGGUCUGGUCAUCAAAAAAGGUAAAUUCAGUCGCGAAGAGGACGCGAUUUUGAAGAAGAAUUGGCACCAAUUCUGCGACGACUUCCCGGUCGACACUCCGCACCUGUAUUUGGGUUUCUUCACCUAUACUCGUGAGACGGAUCAGCACGAGUUGAGAGCCGCGCGAGAGGUCGUCAAAGCCAGUGAACUGAACCUACGGCUGGCCAGAGGUCUGGCCGACCGCACCAUCGCUCAGGUCUAUCAAAGAGCGCGCAAAAAGUUUUCGGGACUCAAUCGGACCGCGAAUCUGACUCCGGAGGAGAAACAACAGGUCUAUGACUAUCACUUGAAGGGCGUGAAGAAGGCACAGAUCGCGUCCUCACUGUUCUGUACGAUGAGAACUGUCGGACAUCUCAUUCGCCAACACUUUAGUAACACGAAUAGAGUCCUUAAGAAGGACUACUGGACUCAAGAGGAAAGCGAUCGACUCGUGUCCGCCAUUCGCAUUGAUAUGAAGAGGAAUAAAACCAAUGAUUACUCAGAAAUAGACUGGAAAGAGGUGUCCAAACAAAUGGGUGAUCGCAGUGAAUGGCAGUGUCAGCGACACUUCAGGACUAAAGUGUAUUAUGUGAUGUCUAAUGGAGAUAUGGAUCGGUUGAACCGGUGUGUCUGUACAUUCCAGACGAUGUGUAGGAACUGGUAUAAUCUGAAGGCAAAGGUUCACGAUUACAAUCUUAAGACAUACCCAGAGAUCGUGGACUCACUGUACAAACGAUACGUUGGACCCAAUGAUGAUAUGGAAGAAUUGGAAGAGUUUUGCAAAUCGUGACACCAGUACACCAUUCAUUGAUUCAUAUUUUACCA